AAUGUUUUGCAAUACAUUUAUUGGUCAGAAGAAUGUAAAACUGGUUAAUACGGAAGAUACUUCAGUAACGCAAAAUUUGGAAUGGACAGAUUGUAUUCAAUCUUUCCUUGAUAGUAAUGCUCACGCAAGUGUUGAAUAUAAUGAAAUAUCGAAAGAGUGUCGCAAAAAGAGAUUUGGUUCUUAUGGAUCUAACUUAACAGCUGCAGAAGGAACUUUAUAUUAUACUAAAAUUGUCAAUAAUGGUUCCCAGACUUGGCAACAUUUAGCUGGAAAAUUAAUACACAAUUGUCUGCCUUGCGCCACACUACAUAAUUUUGAUUCCACUGAUAUAGUAACGUGUAAAGAAGAAUGUUUAAAACAUAAAGAUUGCCUUUCAAUAAAGAAAACCUCAUCUACAAGUUGUGCUUUUUUCUCUUUAGUUGCAAUCCCUGGUGGUUUAUUGGAUUACCCCGGUUUUUCUUAUUAUCAGAAACAAAAUCCCCUAACAUUAUUCAAUAUUUCUACAGAGAAUAUCUGCCUCGAAUCACAAACACAGUUUAUUAAAUCAAUUGGUGAUGGAAUUAUUGAAUGUCCAUUAAAAACAAUCUCUAUCCCAGCAAAUUUUCAAAUAAAAUAUACAUCUGACAAAAUGAUUAAUGGAAACAUACAAAUUUCUAUCUAUAUAAUGGAAAAUGAUGAGGAUAAGUGCUCAAAUAUCAUUGUUUUAAACGAUCCAAAUAUUCAAAUUCAAAUGUGUAAUAUGGAAAUGAAUGAAAAGAAUUUCUGUAAAUUUGUGUGUGCAGGAGAUGAUUAUAAUGAAAUUAUUAUUCAAAGUUUAUCAGCUAAAAAUAUUUUCUGUGAAAUUCAAAUUUUGUCUGAAGAUAGAAUGAUUAAUGUCUGUAUGUAA